AUGGCACCAUUAUGGGACUUUAGUGAACAGCUGAUAUACCAAAUUCUCUCUGUGCCUUUUGCUGUACUGUUUUAUUAUUUGACAACACGUGGAUACCUGACCUUGGUUCAGAGGUACCUCUACCUGACGGCUGGAGGGAUCUUACUAGCGGUCGUCAGCAUGGGCUGGUACAGCACUGUCCUGUUUGCCUCCGUACUCAUCUCAACGUCAGUUAUUCAUCUAGUUGACUCAAGGAGAGUUCAUCUUUGUGCUUGCACAGUACUAAUGUUCUGGCAAUCCCUCUGGCAUGCAGUUCUACUUCACAAACUUCACUGGCACCAUGCGCAGCCUGUAGACCCCAGAUGUCUGGUGAUGAUGUCCUCUUUGAUGCUGCUAACCCAACGAGUCACUUCAGUAUCUAUGGAUGUUGAGGAUGGUAAAGUGAUUCUCCCCCCUGGGAUAAAAGAAAGACUACACAUCUCAAACCUCCUCCCUUUUAUCUGUUAUAAUCUGUCAUUUACCUCCAUGCUUGGUGGGCCUCUAUGUUCAUACAAUCAUUUUUUGUCGUUCUUACUGCAUAUUCAACAACAUCCCCCACCUUCUCCUCUAAGCAGAGUAUUUUUGAGACUUUCGUGGGUUGCGGCCAUAGAGGGCUUCAAGUGCAUACUAAUGUUUAUCCUCCAAAUUAGCUCUGCUAAUCUCAACUACUUUCACAGUCUGCAAGGUGCUCUGUGGAUGUGGAAUCUGUCGCUGUUUCUGAAGAUGAGCUACUACUCUCACUGGGCCGUGAGCGAAUGUCUGAAUAAUGCGAUUGGUCUCGGUUACCGUGGUAACCUCCAAGAUGGCUCCUCCAAGAGCUGGAAUGGUCUGUCAGAUGGGGAACUGUGGACUACGGAGACCUCGUGUCGCUUGUCUGAGUUCACCCGCAUGUGGAAUGGCACAACCGCAGCAUGGCUGCGAAGGCUGGUUUACCAGAGAUGCAAGGCGUGGCCCCUGGUGUUGACGUUUGGGUUCUCGGCCCUGUGGCAUGGCCUGUACCCGGGCCAGGUCGCUGGGUUUGCCCUCUGGGCUGCCAGCGUCAAGGCAGAUCGCCACAUCCAUAGAUAUUUAAAACCCAGGGUAACUUCUCCAUGGAGGAGGAAGACACUGACAUCUUUAAGUUGGAUUCAGACCCAGAUGACAAUAGCCUGUGUUGUUAUCGCCAUUGAAGUAUGGCAUGCAAGUUUGUGGUUUUAUUGUAUAAGGUGUCUGUUAAAACCACCCCUGCUAAAAUGGUUUGCCCCACUGAACCUUGGCCACCCCACUAUAAAUACACAGUGGAACAUUCCCUCUGGUUCUCUAACCAAGGAAGUGACUGCAGCUGGUAAGUUGAUGGCCCCUCUGGUGGCCUAA